GCGCAUUGUGAGUGCCGCAGUUGAAACGUGCAGGUUUUUUUUUAUAAACACACUUUAAAAUGGAGUUAAUGCAUGGCGCUUCGCUGCUCUCAAGACCGGCCGAGGAGUUCGGCAACGAUUCUCUCGUGGAGGAAAUGUGGGCUGCCAAGGCGCUCGAGCAUGCGGAAGUGCAUUUCAACCUGCUGACCAGCGUGCCGCCCGCACAGCUGCGCCUGACGCCCUACGAUGACCAGAUCUAUGCCACCUUCCGACAAGACUUUCCCGAUCUGCAAGUGGCUCGCCUCAGCGACGACAUACUCAAGUCGGCCACAGAGAAGCUCAAGUGGCGUCAAUUUGCCGAGAAAUUCAAUAAAAUGGAAGACUAUUCGUACGGCACUCUGAUGCGAGCCGAUGCCAGCAAGGAAUUCUCACCAGACAACUCAAUCUUUGUUUUUCGCGUCCAAUUUCUGGCCAUUGAAAUUGCGCGUAAUCGCGAGGGCCACAACGACGAGGUGCACAACCGGCACAGGCCGGCAAAGAAACCUCAGAUCAACUCGGAGACGGCUCAAUGAUGCGACUCAGUAGCUUUUCAACUUGUCUGUCAGUUAGUUUAGGUUUAAAGUAAAUAAAUUUACAGCAUUUGUUGGCUGUAAGGCAUGCCAAGCAUUGCACUAAGUAAAUGCUC